AUGGAGUAUGUCACUGACGAUCGCGCGCUCCAAGUCUUGCGCAAGUUCAGAGAAUCUAAGAUUACUCUCGUGGAAUGGGAGACUCCUCUACUAAAGCGCCUAGGCUAUCCGCUUGCACCCGAAGCAGACUUACUAUUCUUGAUUCCCGACGAGCAAAUCAAGAAUGCUAGACACAUCACUGAAGCCGCUGGCUUGCGAAACGAUGACGGACCGCCAAGCUAUAUGGCCGAACACGUACAGAAGAGUUGUCGCUAUGUCUACGGAGAGUCACGACACAAAUUCGUCCUGUUGCCCAUUUCCUGGACUGGUAUUCAACAAAAGGAGCUAGUAGCUGUAAAGUCGCCUACGCUGCCAUGCCCUUUAUGGACGGUGCCUGUUCCUGCUUUUUGCGCUGCCUACUUGCGCAUCCUUAUGCAAGAAGAUGUUGGGAGUACCAUCUGUUUUAUGGCAAAGGCAGAUCUGGCAAGCGUCCUCGGCUACAGCAUGUUCGAUAUGAGCUAUGAAGGGGACUACAUGUCUAUGCCAGAGGACGAAGAGAAUCUAGACGUGGGUGAGAGCCAGAAAAUGGCUGAAAAGGAUGCCUUGGAGAUGGCAAAUGCUCUCAGUAGCAUAAAGCAAUGGAAAUUCACGAAAGAGACCGAGUGGGCAAGACAAAUGGUACUCAACCUGGUAUCUGGAAAACUGUCGUAUGACGAUUUGCGGACAAAAGGCAGAUCAUCAUUGCCAUUCCGGCCUUUAGCUGAGAACACGCUGCAGAAAUAA